CUCACUACAUGUACUCUCUCUCUCUUGAGUUCGACCCUACCAACUACCAUCUUCUCGCCCGUGUCUUGCUGCUACCUUCUACCGUUUGGUCACAACAACAAUGCGAAUUACACCAUGGAUCAUGUUAUCGACCGCCGUAGCUGGUGGAGUCCACGGAGCAUCUCUAUCUCAUGUCUGUAGCACAUCUUACAUCCAAGCAGCAUUGCCAUCGGACGACACUCUCCCAGGUGUCACUAUUGAUGCAUCUUCCGUCAUAGCGGCAGCAACAUAUAAUGCUUCUAUGACGGGGAAUGUCAUGUACCCCGACACCGGUGCUUUCGACUAUUGCAACGUAACAUUUGCCUACUCGCACAAUGGCAGAAACGAUCGGGUAAUGGUGACUUACUGGAUGCCACCCCCUUCGAAAUUUCAAGGACGAUUUCUUGCCACGGGAGGUGGUGGGCUGGCCAUCAAUUCGGGAAAUGAUUCGGUUGCUGGCGGCAUGGCAUACGGCGCCGCAGCAGGUCUGACCGAUGGUGGUUUUGGUAGCUUCGAUCAGCAAUGGAAUGCGGUAUUCUUACUUGCGAAUAACACGGUCAACUGGGAGUCUGUGCACAUGUUUGGCUACCAGGCCGUUCACGAAAUGACUAUUCUCGGGAAGGCCUUUACAACCAACUUCUACCAGGCGAACAGCACGAAGCUGUAUACGUACUGGCAGGGAUGUUCAGAAGGUGGGCGCGAAGGUAUGAGCCAGGUCCAGCGCUUUGCCGAGACGUACGACGGUGCCAUCAUUGGAGCACCAGCGAUUCGAUACAGCUUUCUACAACCCAAUCAACUGAGCCAAAACAUACAACAGCAGACUCUCAACUACUUUCCACCCACCUGCGAGCUCGAAAGAAUCGUCAAUGCCACUCUGGAGUUUUGUGAUUCUCUAGACGGGAAGACAGAUGGUGUGGUCUCGAGGACCGAUCUCUGUGCCCUCCAUUUUGAUAUCAACUCCACAGUAGGCCUUUCCUACUCUUGUCCUCCCGCUGCAGGCACGCCUUCACUCGGAAUCGACCCCACGCCUGCUCAAAACGGCACCGUCACUCAACAAGGUGCCCAGGUAGCUUGGACCGCCUUACAGGGCCUCAAAGACUCGCAAGGUCGUCAAGUCUACAUUCCCUACCAAUACGGCACCCCUUUCCUCGACGGCUCCACCAAAUACAACAACGCAACCCAAACAUGGUCUGUCGGCCAAAGUGCCUACGGCGGAGAGUGGAUCGAACGGUACCUCCACCUCCAAAACGCCACCUACCUCCCCACCCUCGAAAACAUCACCUACGACACCCUCCGAGACUGGUUCAUCGCCGGCUACCACAUCUACGGCCCAACUCUCCAAACCACCUGGCCCGACCUCCAGCCCUGGGCCUCUGCGCCAAACAAAAAAAUCCUCCACUACCACGGCGAAUCCGACGAAAGAAUCCCCCCCGCCUCCUCCGUCCGCUACUGGAACUCGGUCCGCACCUAUCUCUACCCCGAACUCUCCUACAACGCCAGCGCAGCAGAAAUGAGUGUUUGGUAUAAAUUCUACAUGGUACCAGGCGGUGCACAUUGUUCCAACAACCCUGCCGAAGCGAAUGGACCGUGGCCGCAGACGAAUUUGGCCGUCAUGAUAGAUUGGGUGGAAAAAGGGGUGGAGCCGGGGAAAUUGAAUGCGACGCAUUUGGGAGGUGAGUGGAAGGGACGGCAGGCGGAGAUUUGUGCGUGGCCGUUGAGACCGGUGUGGAGGGGGAGUGAUGAUAUUGAUAAUAAUAAUGGGACGAGUAUGGAGUGUGUGUAUGAUCAGACGUCGUUGGAUACGUGGCAUUAUGAUUUGGAUGCGUACGAGUUUGAGAUUUAUUGAUCAGGGGAGAGGGGGGAGAGGUGAUGGAUGUGAUUGGUGGAGAGAUAAGAGAGAGAGAGAGGACAUUGCACUUGAGCAGGUGCCCGGAGAGAAAAGGUUGAAACAACCUCGUAUAAAAAAAGAGCUGAUAGUUGAUCGGGGAUAUGUUCGAAUACAGAAGAACAAUCGCCUCACAACGUCACAUCAUCAUCCCCGGUUAUGCAAUGCCCACCCACCAACACCACGCUUAAGCGAAAAGUCAUCAACACAAAAACCAGAGCUCGAAACGUCGGCGACAGCCUCUAUUUCGCCUCAACUUGCUUCCGCCCCUUUCUCACCCCUUCCAACUUCUUCAACAAAACCUCCUCGACUCGCUUCUGCUCCUUCCACUUCUCCGCCCCCAUCUUCAUUCGGACUCCUGCGACGACCAUCAAUCCCACACUCCUCAAACUCCUCUUCUUUUCCCGAAAACUCAUAUCAGGCGUAACGCCAAUCUCCUCCAAUAGUCUCAAAUCCUCCUUGUUACAAGCAUUGUACAUGCUCACCUGCAACAAGAAGUAGUUUUUCGUAUGGAUCAAAUCAGCACGGAACUGCAUUUCUCGAUGCAAGCUGGCUCGCAGGAACUGAAUUUGCUUUACGAGACCUUUCAGUUCAGAUUGAUGGCGUUUCGUCAGUGCUGAUGAAUUGUCCUGAGCCCGAACGAGAUCCUGAGAGUGCUCGGCGGAGUAUUGCGCCUGCUUAGCAGAAGCUUUGGCUGCUUGAAGUUUAGCUUUGAGUGACUCUUCUCUCUUCAUGGAAGCCGAGAGUUUCGCUGCACGGUCUUGAAGAUGAGAUUGGAGGGUACGGAUUUCCAAUUCUGCGUCUUCGAGAUCACCUUGGUUGUUGUUCUGGGCAUGGAAGUUCGCAGUGUCUUCUGCACGCGCACGUUGCAGGCGCUCGCGAAGUUGGCGUUCUUUGCUGGCCGCACUCUGUAUUUGGGCCUCGCGCUCUUGAAGAUCCAUCUGCAGCUGAUCGACCUCGGACUGAGCAUCGCGUAGCUGAGCGCGGAGUUCUGCUUCUCGACGGGCGUGACCAGAUGAAGAUCCAUUGCGGUCUUGGAGUUGAAGUUGCAGAUCCUCCAAUUCCUGCUUGGCGCGCUUGAGCUCCUUGAUGUUAUUUCGAUGCUCACGCUCCUUGCUCGUUUGUGCUUGCGUGCGGUUCUCCAGGUCUGCAAUUUGUACUUGCAAGUCUUCAAUCUCCGCUUGAGCAUCCUGCAGCUGUGCUUGAAGCUCACUCUCUCUCCGCUUCUGACUUUUGUCGGCCCUGUCACGUUUUGUAAGCUCGAUCUGGAGUUGUUCUGCUUCAAUCUUGGACUUCUUAAGAAGGUCAUGGAGUUCGCCACGCUCUUCUGCAAGUGUCUUCUCCUGCUCUGCAUACUGCAGCUCGGCUUCCAAAGACUCCACCUUCUGCUCCAGCCUCGAGAUCUUGCUAUGCGCCUCUGCAAGUUGUCGCCUCAGAUCCUCGCGAUCACGAACCGGCGACAAAUUUGUCUUGGUUGUCUCAGCUGUCUUGAGGUCGAUGCGAAGCUUUCUGAUGGUUGACUCCAGCGUAUUACGCUCGGUCUCUGACUUGCGUAGUUGCGCCCGAAGAUCAUUGCGCUCUCUCACAGGAGUUCCCUCGGACUUGGCAAGUCUUGCCUGGCUGAUCUCUACCUCAAGGUCCUGAAUGCGAGAGUUGAGCCGGGCUUUCUCGGCCUCAACUUCGACAAAAUGCUUAUCUAGCAGCUCGAUUUCUGCGUCUAGGGCAUCCUUUUCCUCGUCGAAUUCAGCUUGCAGCUGUUUCUUGAUCAAGGCAAAACGACGUUCGGCAUCCUCAACGCCACCCUUGCUGGCCAUACGAGCUGAUUCGAGCUCUCGCUCGAGCUGCCGCACAUCUUCCUGCCGCUGUUCCAUAGCCUGCUGAAGCUUUGUGCGAAGCUGAUCCAGCUCGUCUUCGAGCCGUGAGAUCUGCUCAUCCUUACCCUUCAGUUCAGAGCCUUGCCUGCCUAAUAUGCUCUGAUCACGGUCUGCAGCCUCGCUACGCUUCCGCAAGUCGGCGAGCUGCUGCUGCAGGGUUUUGUUUUCAUCCUCGACAGAUUGGCAGUGCAGGUCCAAUUCGUCCAGCUCAGCUUCUUUGUCCUGUUCAAGUUUCUGCAGAGCUUGCUCGAGCGACCGUACCUGAUCAGCUUGCUGCUUGAGGAGACUAUCUUUCUUGGAUGGAGUCUCCAUUGCGCCUACGCGUGCUCUGAGACUCGUGAUCUGUUGCUGUUGAUCCUUAACUUCGCGUUCCUUCGCUCUUAGGUCUGACUCCAGGCGCUGGAUCUGUUCAUUCUUCUGUCGUAGCUCGGCAUUGUCGCCGGACUGGAGGGCAGUAAUGCGGCUCUGAAGGACCUGCAUUUCCUUUUCACGAGCUUGAAUAAGUCCAUCCUUUUCGUUCAGCUUGGCCUGCGCGCUAGCAGCAGCGACUCGCAGCUUCUCUUGCAGCUCGCUGACCUGGCCUUCAAUCUCGGUUCUUCGUCCUGUCUGCUUGCGGAGGGCUUCGUCACGAGCACUCUCUGCAGCGCGCAUGCGCUUCUCGAGAUCUGAUAGCUCAUCAUUUCGCUCCUCGAUGACUCGCGACUUGUCUCGUAGCUGGCUCUCCUUCUCCUGGAUGAUGCAGUCCUUCUCCCGUAGUCGGGCAUCGGUCUGCUCAGCUUCAGCAUCCCAGCUCCCACGUGCCGUUUGCAGUCGUUCUUGUAAAGCUCGAAUCUCGCCAUCUUUGUCCGCCAGUUCUCGUUGAACGUUGCGAAGCUCGUUGUCCUUCUGCCGUACUUCUGCAUGGUGAUUGUUUUCUGCAGUCUGCAAACGUUUUUCCAAUGCUCGUAGCUGCUCGCUUGAUUCAUCCAGUGCUUGGUCUUUCUGCCUCAGCUUAUUUUCCAAAUCUACAACAUCGCCUCGCAGCUUCUUGGUGGACUUCUCGCGAUCGUAAGAAGAAGUGACGCGUUCCUCUAGUUCGGCAAUGCGCGCAUUCUUGCGAUCCAGCUCCUCGUCCUUCUCCUUGAGCUCGUUCUCCAUCUCGUCAAUGUCCUGCUGCAUGUGGUCGACAUUGGCGUUGUCCUGCUGGAGAGCUUUGACUUGCUGCUGCAAUUCCUCCAGUUUCUCGUCCUUUUCAUCGAGCUGUCGUUCGCGGUCCCGGAUAUCUGCUUCCAAGUCGCCAAUGUCAUCCCGUAGCUGCUGAGUCUUGUCAGAGUCACCACCCGCGCGCUCGGCAGCUUGCAGCUGUUCCUGCAGCUCCUCGAGUCUCGCAUCCUUUUCAUCCAGCUCCCGUUCGCGAUCGCGUACUUCUUGCUCAGCAUCCAGCAAUUGAUCUUUGAGUCGUUGCACUUCACCUUCAUCACUCUGCAGUUGCUCGGCCUGGUCGAGCUUCUCGCGGACAUCGUUCAACUCCUGCUCUCGCUCGUCGGCAAUCUUCUGCGACUCUUCUGCCAUUCUCUGCAGGCGCUCAUACUCUUCCUGGUCCCGCUCACUAGUGUGCCUCUUCUUGACUUUUUCUUGAUACUCCUUCAGAUAGACCUUGUACUCUUCCAGCUGUUGCUCCGCAUCUUGUAGUCGUUUCCGCUGCUUCUUCAAGUCGACCUCCAACUGCGCCUUGUUCGUCCGCAGCUCCACAUUCUCCUGCAGCGUCUGCUGCUGAAACUCGCUCCCACUCUUGCGCAUCGCAUCCUCGAGGUAGUGAAUCUUCAGCUUCAAGCCAAAAUUGUCCUUCUGGAUCUGAUCGAGCUUGGCUUCUUGGUCGCGCAGGGUAAGGACGUUCCCAGUCUCGAGCACACCGUUCCUUUUGCUUGGCAGCUGCGGCAUGGGCGUUGAGUCCAGCAUGGACGAGCUGACUGGGUUGGGAGCAACGGGCGUGACUUCACGAUCGCCGGAACUACCAGUGUAAUCGUCCAGCAUCGAGGCCUCAAUGGGUAGUCCCGGUGUCGGUCUGCUGCCAAAGCUCGCGCGCAGUCCCGCCGGGGUCUUGAGAUCGCCCGUCAUGUUCUCCUUCUCCUCCAGAAAGCUCUGCUGCAUCAGUUGAUUCCUCUUGGCGCUCUUGAGCAAUGGCGUGAACUCCUGCCUGCCCGUAGGAUUGCGCUUGUUGACGAGGGCCGUUCGCGGUCGCGGCGUCCGUGUCGCCGCCGGUCCAGGACCACCGCGGAGUCCGCGCAUGUGGUUUCUGAUAUCCUGCGCGGCAUCUUUGCUGGGCGAUCGGAAAGGCUGGUUGAAGGACAUGUCGACGAGGCCAUUCUUGCUCGGGCUGAGGAAAGUGUCGUUCCCUCGUUCCGUUCCCGGCGUGUUGAUGUAGUGGUGAGCCAUGACCGGCAAUCAGCUGCUGUUAGUAUGCCGCCGCAUACGACUGAAGGUGUGUCAAGCGCUGCGGUGCCAAAUGUUCUGUAAUGCUAAAGAAAAGUAAGGUCGUAGUAGUGCCUCUGCGCGUGUCAACAAGCUGG